GCGGGGCCGCAGUGCGCGGGGGGAGCCCGCGGGGACCGCCCCGGCCUCAGUUUCCCCGGGCGGCUCGGGCGCGCGUCCGCCCGCCCCUCCCCGCAGGCGGCGCGCAGCGGGUCCCCCCGGCCGGGCUCGGACCGCGCGUCCCCUCCUCCAGCGCCUUUGUCCCCGCAGCCCCGGCCUGGGCCUGCCGAGCCGCCGCACCAUGAUCGCCGCCAGGGAGAAGCACAAGACCCCGAAGGACAGCAUGACGCUGCUGCCCUGCUUCUACUUCGUGGAGCUCCCCAUAGUGGCGUCUUCCGUCGUGUCCCUGUACUUCCUGGAGCUGACGGACCUCUUCAAGCCGGCCAAGGUGGGCUUCCAGUGCUACGACCGCACGCUCUCCAUGCCCUACGUGGAGACCAACGAGGAGCUCAUCCCGCUGCUCAUGCUGCUCAGCUUGGCCUUUGCUGCCCCCGCGGCGUCGAUCAUGGUCGGCGAGGGCCUGCUGUACUGCGUGCAGUCCCGGCUGUGGGGCCGCGGCGGGGGCCCCGGCGGGGCGGAGGGCAGCAUCCACGCGGGGGGCUGCAGCUUCAACUCCUUCCUGCGGCGCACCGUGCGGUUUGUGGGCGUGCACGUGUUCGGCCUGUGCGCCACCGCCCUGGUGACCGACGUCAUCCAGCUGGCCACGGGCUACCACGCGCCCUUCUUCCUGACCGUGUGCAAGCCCAACUACACGCUGCUGGGCACGUCGUGUGAGGCCAACCCCUACAUCACGCAGGACAUCUGCUCCGGCCACGACACCCACGCCAUCCUGUCCGCCCGGAAGACCUUCCCCUCGCAGCACGCCACGCUGUCCGCCUUCGCCGCCGUCUACGUGUCGAUGUACUUCAACUCCGUCAUCUCGGACACCACCAAGCUGCUGAAACCCAUCCUGGUGUUCGCCUUCGCCAUCGCGGCGGGCGUGUGCGGCCUCACCCAGAUCACGCAGUACCGCAGCCACCCGGUGGACGUCUACGCGGGCUUCCUCAUCGGGGCUGGCAUCGCUGCCUACCUGGCCUGCCACGCGGUGGGCAACUUCCAGGCCCCGAGCGCGGAGAAGCCGGUGGCGCCGGCGCCCGCCAAGGACGCGCUGCGGGCGCUCACGCAGCGGGGCCACGACUCGGUGUACCAGCAGAACAAGUCCGUGAGCACCGACGAGCUGGGCCCGCCCGGGCGGCUGGAAGGCGUGCCCCGGCCCGUGGCCAGGGAGAAGAGCUCCCUGGGCAGCCUGAAGCGGGCCAGCGUGGACGCGGACCUGCUGGCGCCGCGCAGCCCCAUGGGCAAGGAGAACAUGGUCACCUUCAGCCACACGCUGCCCCGCGUCAGCACGCCCUCGCUCGACGACCCCGCGCGCCGCCACAUGACCAUCCACGUGCCGCUCGACGCCUCCCGCUCCAAGCAGCUCAUCAGCGAGUGGAAGCAGAAGUCGCUGGAGGGCCGCGGCCUGGGCCUGCCCGACGAGGCCAGCCCCGGGCACCUGCGGGCCCCCGCGGAGCCCAUGGCGGAGGAGGAGGAGGAGGAGGAGGAGGAGGAGGAAGAGGAGGAGGAGGAAGAGGAGGAGGAGGAGGAGGAGGGCGAGGAAGGGGGGCCGGCCCCGCCCUCCCUCUACCCCACCGUCCAGGCUCGGCCGGGGCUCGGGCCCCGGGUCAUCCUCCCGCCGCGCGCGGGGCCCCAGCCGCUGGUGCACAUCCCGGAGGAGGGGGUGCAGGCGGCCGCCGGCCUGUCCCCCAAGAGCAGCGCGGCCGUGCGGGCCAAGUGGCUCAUGAUGGCCGAGAAGAGCGGGGCCGCCGUGGCCGCCGCGUCCGCGCAGCCCCGCGUGGCCAACCCGCCGCGGCUGCUGCAGGUGAUCGCCAUGUCCAAGGCACCGGGCGGGCCCGGGCCCAAGGCGGCCGAGACGGCCUCGUCCUCCAGCGCCAGCUCCGACUCCUCGCAGUACCGGUCGCCGUCUGACCGCGACUCGGCCAGCAUCGUCACCAUCGACGCACACGCGCCCCACCACCCGGUGGUCCACCUGUCUGCGGGCAACGGGCCCUGGGAGUGGAAGACGGCGGGCGGCGCGGCCAAGGCGGAGGGCGAGGGGGGCUACGAGCUGGGGGACCUGGCUCGCGGCUUCCGCGGCGGGCCCAAGCCGCCGGGGGUGUCCCCCGGCUCGUCCAUCAGCGACGUGGACCAGGAGGAGCCGCGCUUCGGGGCCGUGGCCACCGUCAACCUGGCCACGGGCGAGGGGCUGCCCCCGCUGGGCCUGGCCGACGGGGCGCUGGGGGCGGCCAGCCGCGAGUCCACGCUGAGGCGCAAGGCGGGCGGCCUGGCGCUGGGCGAGCGGGAGGCCGAGGCGGAGGCGGAGAGCUACUACCGCAAGAUGCAGGCGGCCCGGAGGUUCAAGGACUGAGUGGGGGCCUGGGGGGCCGCAUGGGGUGCAGCGGAGGCCAUGGGGGGUGGGGAGCACUUCACCAGAUC